AGCAGGUUAUAAAAGAUUGUUUUUUCAAAGCAAAGCCCACCAUUGAACUUUCGAUGUGUAAAGCGAUGUCUCGUUUUGUCAUUUUGCUAAUCUGCCUACUGGCAGGCGUAGUCUUCGCCGUGCCGGCUCACGAUAAGCGAAUCGUCGGGGGAAUUCCAGCCGAAUCUGGUGACGCACCGUGGAUGGUGUCGAUGCGCAACUCGUUCAAUAUUCACUUCUGCGGUGGAACGCUGCUGAAUCGUAGAUUCGUUCUAACGGCGGCCUCUUGCAUGCAAGGACGGCUGUCCAGCACCACCAUGGCCGUCGUUGGAUCCAGAUUCUUGAACACGGUGGCAGCUCCUUACUACGGCUUACAAACAAUUACGCACCCGCAGUAUAACCAGAACACUCUGGAGUUCAACGUGGCUCUGUUCCAGACGAUCCAGAAUGUUGUGUUCACAAGUAUUGUUCAACCGAUUCAGCUGAAUCCGGACUUCAUCAUGGCCGGAUCGCGAGGCCGAAUGUUUGGCUGGGGGUCCACCGCGAAUGGGGGAGGCAACUCAAAUGCUUUGAACUUUGUCAACCUGAACGUGAUUGAUAACGACAACUGCCGCGGGUUUUUGGGUGCCGAUGGAAUGCGUGUUGGUGCUUCUUCCAUGUGUACGUUGAACCGUGAGGGACAGGGACUGUGCACCAAUGAUGCUGGAGGUGCCCUAACUUUGGACAGCCAAGCCAUCGGCGUCGCAUCGUGGAAGGUUCCGUGCGCUACUGGCCGUCCGGACGUUUUCGUUCGUAUUUCAGCGAUUCGCGACUGGAUUGUGAGCAUUAUCUAAACAACCAUGAUUGAUGUUAACAUAGGAUUGUGAUAAAAACGAUUGACUGAUAACGAUAAGCUUGUUUGAAUGAUAAUAUGUUGGAUGAUCGAAAUAUUUUCGACGCAGCGUUAUGCAUA